GCUGUUGAUUACCUCUGACCUGUUGACUUUGUGUGAUCGUCUUUCUGAAGAUGUUGGCUCUCAGAGGACUUAGUCACAGAUUCUCCCGCCUGGCAAAAGUUGCAGCACAAAGGCAAUUCAGGAAAUAUGACAACCGGUGCACCACGGUCACUGGCAUCAUGGCGGACUGGAAGAGCCAGGCGGUGUCAGACGGAGAGUUGAACAUGUCUGCACGGGGCUGUGGAGGCAGCAGCUCCAGCCUUCCAGGGACUCCGGGCGGGGAGGCCGGCCCGGCCAGCGGUGUGCUGAGCUGGGCCGUCUCCUUUGAGAAGCUGCUGGAGGACCCCUAUGGAGUCCGCCAGUUUACGUCCUUCUUGAUGUCUGAGGUGAGUGCGGAGAACAUCUUAUUCUGGCAAGCUUGCGAAAAAUUCAGGAAGAUCAAAGCCAGCGCCUUGGACGAGCUGAAAACAGCAGCUCGCUCCAUCUACAACACCUACCUGUCUGACAGCGCUCCCUACUCGGUCAACAUCGAUGACACAGCCAAGAUGGAGGAGAAGGACCUGGAACAGGCCACACCCGACAUGUUCAACAAGGCCCAAGCACAGAUAUUCAAACUGAUGAAGAUGGACAGCUACAGGCGCUUUGUGCGCUCCCCUCUCUACCAAAGCUGCACCUUGGGAGGCGUAGGAGGUAAACUUGUGCCUCAGCUCUCUACAGAGCCGGUCUGCAUGGGAUCCUGGGAGGACGUGUCCACCAGAAGCCCCAAUAAGAAGUUGGACUCCAACAGCUUGCCAGGUGGCAAGACUGCCUCUGUAAAACAGGGACAGAAAAGAGGAUCCUGGGGAGAUUCAUCCAACAACCCUGACUCAGUCUCCCAAAAAGAGUCCCACGUGUCUGUCAAAUCAAGCAGCAGUGUAGAGCUCGGCUCCCUCUACAGGCAGAUGGAGAACGGCAGAUUGAGUCCCCGGCCUCCAGAGCAGGGGGGUGGAGGUGGGAGUCGGAUCGGGGUGGAGGGGGGCUACUGCUGUGUCUACCUGCCCGAUGGCAGCGCCUCGCUGGCCCCCACGCGUAGCGGCCACCUCAUCAAAGACAUGCUGGCUAGCCUGUGUGAGAAGAGAGGCUUCCCGCUGAAAGAUGUCGUCAUCUACCUUCAUGGCAAGGACAAGCAACCCUUAUCUCUGGACCAGGACUGCUCGGUGCUCAGGGAUCAGCAGGUCUCUCUGGAGCUCAGGGUGACGUUUGCGCUGGAGAUUGCCUUCACCGGUAAGACGGUUGGGAUCAUGGUGAAGUCCAGUAAGACGCUGCAGGACGCUCUCUCUGCCAUGCUGCACAAACACCACGUCAAGCCGCAGGAGGCCCUGGUCACCAUGGCUGGAAGCGACGAGCCUCUGAACAUGACCGGCUCUGUGUUCAGACUGGCCAAUAAGACUCUGCGGCUUGACACAACCAAAGGAAGAGACCAGAUCAAUGUUUCCAGGGGCAGUGGUUCUCCUGCAGCCGCACAGGCAGGAGCAGUGAGUGCAGUUGGGGUGGAGGCCCGGGCCAAGCCCAGUAAAAAUCCCGAAAUGGAGGGGUUACUGGACAUGCUGACGAGGGCUCAGUGCAGCAGGGUUGAUGACCAGCGAGGCCUUUUGACCAAAGAGCAGCUGGAGGUCCCUCUGUUCCUGAAGCUGGCCUCAGACCAGGGACGGGACACGAAGCCAGAGGAACCCAGUACAACCAGCUCCCCCACUGCAGACUCCAAGGAGGCGUCCAGUUCAGCUGGAGCAGCGCAGGAAACCGCUGACUCUGCUGAAUCUGAAGCCAAAGACGUAAGGGAAACGGCAGUUUGAAAGACUUUUCUGUGUGUGGGAUGGACAAAGACUCAAUUACAAACUACAACAAAUGUCUCACAAUGUCAUGAGACCAAUCGCGUCCAAAGACAGUGGAAAUUAGUCAAGCACUUUCUAUAUUUGUUUACAAAGAAGCUCUGAGACCGCAGUGUGCCAUCGUCUCUGCUCUUGAUAAUUUGCCUCUUAAGGCAAUAUGUAAAGGAUCAUUGCAAACAUUUAUGGUGUCAUUUUAAAACACUACAUAUGUCAAUGGAAAGAAUGUUUGCUAUGAAUUGUAUAAUGUAUCCAAACUUGUUUUGAAUGUAAGUUUUAGCUGAACAUUUAAUCCCUGAAGCCGAUGUUUUCCCGCUGUACAGUAUGAAGUUCACGUUGCUUUACUCACAAUCUCAUGUUGCAGUCGAGCUUUUCUUUGAACUCUAAACAAAUGUUUCUGCUCAGGACUGUUACGAAGGGUUUUCUUUAAGUGUAUUGCACAAUUGUUUUUUUCUUUGUUUGAAUUAAGAUUAUUGAAUAUAUUUUACUGAGAUGAGUUUUUAUUAUUUUAUAUUACUAAUUUUAAUUUUGUGUGCUUAUUUGCUGUUUUCAAAUGUGUGCUUGUGGUUGCUGCAUUUUGUUUGCUGUGAUGUCACUUUGAGAAGCCCUCGUUAAGUCCUGUUUUUCUGUCGCCUCUCAAGGUGCAGAUUAUGAAUUAGUAAUGUGAAACUGCAGGGAAUGAAUAAGAUGUGAUCAUCAAAAAAUAAUCCCACAGGGUGUAUCCAAAGAAUUAAAGCAUUUAAUGAUGAAGGGUGAUCAUUUCUGUCUGUUUUUGUUGUGGCAAAGUUUCAGCUUUCAGAGGAAUCUUAUGGAGGAAUCACUGAGGUCAGUUUCUGGCUUGACAAAUGCUACGUGAUUUGGUUUCAUAUGUUCAGGCAGACCCAUCUGCCCUAGUGCACUGGCUGUGUGACUCAUGCAGUGUGAAACGGGUCUGUGUAGGUAUCGAGUGCAACUAGCUUUGUUUACAUUAUUUUGUUCCUUUUAGGUGGAUCCUGGUAGAGAAAACCGCCCUCUAAAUGGCAUCGUGUAAUUAUGUCUUUUUUUUUUUUUUGCACAGUGACCUCAGAUCAUUGCAGCGCUGUGAUUGGCUCUUUAUGAAGAUUUGUAGCCAAUCACUUGCUUCAUCUGUCUACAGACUUGUUGCUGGAAGGUGAUUUCCAGUUAAGGAGCCCGCAAGGACUAUUUUUUUUUAUUUUUUUUUAUUUGGCUAUUAUUUGAGUUCCAAAACAAAUGAGUCAUAGAUGGAUUCAUAUCCACAUGGAUGAUGUCAGCAGCAUGCAUAUUUCAGAGCAUGUGAUGGUAUGGGGUUUGCAAAGCAUCUCAUUCACCCACCUUGAUGUGAUCCCUGAGGAAAUAAACCUGAGACCGUAAACGGAGCAAGAAGCAAUAAUGUGCAGUAAAUGUUACCCGUCUGCCAGGCUGGAGAUAUUAGCAUACAUGACUGUCACACCUGUGUGUGCGUGUGUGCGUGCGUGCGUGCAUGAGUGGUGCGUCGGCAGAGCUAUUAUGAAUGGGCAGAGGGGUGUGCUCUCACACACAGACACCAGAGCAGCAGUGAGAUGAGGAGUGCCAUCUACUCCACUGAACGUCUGUACUGAGAGAAGGGAGAAAAAGAGUUGUACAACUACUAUAUUCCAAAGGAUAUCAUCUAAUCAGCACUGAACUUCUCCAAGUCAGCCAUGGAACAGAAGGCAAAUGAGUGUACCACCACGUCUCCUCACAAGCACAUGAAGAACAGGUCCAAAUCCACAGAGGAGAUGCAACAGACGAAGAAGUCCUUCUCCUCACAAAAAUCACUCCCGGGCAGACCAGAGCUGGAGAAAGUGAAGGAGUGUCCUGACGGCUCUGACACGCCGUCAUCCUCCACCGAGGAGCUAAAGUAACAAAGGCCUAACCCAAAGGAUAUUUGAGUCACUUCACUUAACAUGCAUACAAACAUACAAAAGGAAACAUACAAAAUACUAUCAAGACAUUUGUGAUAUAGAUUAGAAAACACACGAGCAAUGAAUUUGAUUGGUGGAAGGAAACUGUACAAAACGUGGUAAAUUGAACGCACGCACUGAAACAAUCGCUUGUAAACCUGUGAUGAUGCUGUUUCAUGGUACUGUGAGUGUCGUAUACAUACCACACUGAAUGUGUAUGGACAAUAAAGUGACGUUGCUGACUGUC